ACCCCAGACCGCAAGAUGCUUGCCGAAGGGAAGGUGGACGUGGGCGCCCCCCGGGCCCCGCCCUCUCUCGGCGCACCCCGGACAGGCGCAGCAGCAGGACCCGGACCCUUCGCACGUGCAGUGUCUGCGGGUUGCAGCAGCCAGAGCGGCUCCGUCCAGGGUCGUCUCACUGGCCGGGCCCGCCCCUCUCAGCCCCAGCCCCGAAGCAGGCGCGCACGCCGGGCUGCUGGAGCACGCCUCUCGCUACGCCGCCGCCAGCAGCAGCAGCAGCAGCCUGUUCGCCGUGCACCCGCACGAGGGGCCAUCAGUCUCUCGGUCUACCUCGGGGAAGCUUCAUUGGCUGGCUGGCUGCCCCACAACAGCUGUUCAAACCCAGACCAAAGCUUACGAUUAGAAGCACAUUUGACAAAUACAAACUCCUCUUUAGCGCUUUGGAAAAGGAUGCUCCGCUGCUCUUCCUACUAUGGCACUGCAACCAGGAGUAAAGGUGAAGGCCAAGCGGGUGCCGUCAGGGGGUGGCUAGGGUUCCCCGCGACUAAAAGCAGCCUCUGCCCCUUUUCUCCUGUGCAGCUGCGCGAGAAAUACGGCCCAGUGUUCACUGUCUAUUUUGGGACUCGACCCAUUGUGGUCUUAUGUGGCCACGAUGUGGUGAAGGAGGCCCUGAUAGACCGGGCAGAGGAGUUCAGCGGGAGGAAGACCAUGCCGACGUUGGAGAGGACCUUCCAGGAACAUGGGGUGGUGUUUGCCAACGGGGAGCGCUGGAGGCAACUGCGCCGCUUCUCCCUCACCAUCUUGAGGAAUUUCGGGAUGGGGAAGAAAACCAUUGAGCAGCGGAUCCAGGAGGAGGCCCAGUUCCUGCUGGAGGAGUUCCAGAAGACCAAGGAGAAGCCCUUCGACCCCACCUUCUACCUGAGCUGCUCCGUUUCCAACGUCAUCUGCUCCAUCGUCUUUGGUGACCGCUUCGACUACGAGGACAAGGAAUUCCUGGCCCUGAUGCAGAUGAUGAAUGAGAGCUUCCGGGAAAUGAGCACGGCCUGGUCUCAGUUCUACGACAUCUAUGCCAGCUUCCUGCGGUACUUCCCAGGUCCCCACACCAAGGUUUAUGACAUCCUUGAGGACAUGAGGCGCUUCAUUGCCAGGAGAGUGAAGAAGAACCAGGAGACGCUGGACCCCAAUUCCCCUCGGGAUUUCAUCGACUGCUUCCUCAUCCAGAUGGAAAAGGCGAAAGACAGCCCUGACAACGCCUUCAACGUCAAGAACUUGGAGCUGACCACCCUCAACUUGUUCUUUGCUGGGACAGAGACGGUCAGCUCCACCCUGAGAUACGGCUUCCUCUUCCUGAUGAAGGACCCCAAGGUGCAAGAAAAGAUGCACGAGGAGAUUGACCGUGUGAUCGGCCACAGCCGCGCCCCAAAUAUAGAAGACCGAAGCAAAAUGCCCUACGUGGACGCUGUUAUCCAUGAAGUGCAGAGGGUCAGCGACCUCAUCCCCAUGAACGUGCCCCACGCAGUUACCCGGGACACCGAGUUCAGGGGCUAUGUCAUCCCUAAGGGGACAGAGAUUUACCCCCUGCUGGGGACCGUCCUGCAUGAUGACACCAAGUUUAAGAACCCAGAUGCCUUCAACCCAGAGAACUUCCUGGAUGAGAACGGACACUUCAAGAAGAACGAGGCCUUUGUGCCUUUCUCCUCAGGGAAGCGCAUCUGCCUGGGAGAGGCCCUGGCCCGCAUGGAGCUCUUCCUCUUCUUCACCACCAUCCUCCAGAGGUUCCAGCUGAAGCCCCUGAUGGACCCCCAGGACAUCGACACCACUCCCCAGGAGAGCGGCUUUGCCAACAUCCCGCCCUUCUACCAGCUCCGCCUCGUCCCCCGCUGAGCAGAUGCCCAGCACAGGCCCCCACCGGGCUCCCAGCCGCAGGGCGAGAGGGGUGGGGGGGUGCAGUGGCCCUCUGCCUGCCUGCCUGCCUGCCUGCCUGGGCUGAGGGCUCACCAGGAGGCUUCCGGGGCCGGUGCUCGCCUCCUGCUUUCCCGCUGGACUUGCGCCUUUGGAAGCCCAGGCAGGAAGAAGGAAGGGUCUUCUUUCUGACUGGUCCCUUCCUGCCCUCAAUGGGAAGCCUGAAAGAGCAGGAGCCUUUUGAACAACGUUCAGCUGCUUACCCCAAAGAGUUUGCAUGUAAAACUUCCAUGUUGCUCCCAAACUGUGCUUGAAGAAGAAUGGGUUUCGCAUUUGCUUUCCAUGGAGAGCCCUCUAAUGAGGCCAGGUGAGGCCACCACCCCGGGGGGGGGGGGCGAUUGACCAUCUUGGCCACCCACCCACUGCCUCCAGCCACCUCACCCGCCCCCAUCCUGCUGCUGGUCUGGUCGUGCCUUUCGGAAAGAGGGUGGGGGGUGGUGCCGCUGGAGGGGCAGGAAGUGCCUCCGUUCUCUUUGGGAUGCUCUCCUGCCUUUACAAAGGGCAGGAGCAGGAUGUGGCCGGCCAGAACAGAGAGGUGGGGAGGGACUUGGGGGGAGAGGUGGGUGAGAAGGAGGGGCAACAGGAAGCAGCGGCAAGGGAAGCGAAAUCGGAAGGAGGGGCAGACUGGGGCAGCAGCCCGCCCUGCCUGCCUGCCUGCCUGCCUCGGGUGUCCGACUGCUGCUUUUGGACUGUGGCUCUUCACCACCAGCCAGCAGAGCAGCCCCCCCCCAAGGCCCCCAGUGACGCUUCCCAGAUCCAACCCGUUGCCAGGUCAGGGCUGGUCCCAGUGACGGUCAGUCUGACACUUCCAGAAGGCCUGCUCACGAGACGAGACGGGGGCAGGAGAGCCUUGGUGGCGGGUUCCUCUCAGAGGCAGAAGGGGUGGGCGGGCAACCCCCCCUCCACCCCCACCCCCCCGUGGCCUCCUUCCAGCAGCACUUCCAUCCCGCAAGGUCUUCCUUCCGCUUUCUGUUGAUCUCGGGGGUCCGUAAGCAUUUGUUGAAAUGGCAACUCUAGCAAUACUUUUCCUGUAUUGUGAAUUGUGUAAUAAAGUGUGUGCUUUGCUUUGGGCCAAA